UACUCGCGAAGACUGUAAGCUGUCAGUCGCGCGUCGAUCGUUAGUCGUUACCUGCACGUGCGUUAGUUGUUAGAUAAGAAAUUUUGCUUACCGUGUGUCACCGUCCCGCGUCCGGCAUCGCGAUUGUUCUUUAUUCUCCACUCGACGCGGAGCCCAAAAGAAAUCAGGUAGAUAGCACGUAUCAUUAAAUUUACCCUCUUCUGUUCUUCCUCUCUGCUGUCAUCUUGCAUAAAAACCGCAAAUACACUGAAAAAAAGCUUCGAUUCACCUGAUUCCACAAUCGAGCGAACGUUUUCAUUAAGUGUGACGUUCUGUGACAUAAUCCCCAGGGCAUAAAUAUUCAGCAAGUUAAAGAGAAGAGGAAACAUCCUUUGUUUUCCUCGACGAAGACAUGGCAACGACCGAAACGUACCAGAUCAAGUCGACGACCAAGGGCAUAAGCCGCAGAAAUGUCGUUCCCAUAAUUCACGUUCGAGGAACCCACUAUGAGAUCGGCUUUGAUAUCGGACGCACCUUUGCCAAGAUGAUCCAAAACUUUGUCGACGCCUAUGGACCGUUGAACGAAAUCUAUCUGCCAAUAUUCGCGACCGAGGAGGGCAAAAAGGUUUAUAAUGAAACUCUUGACGCGGUCAAGAAACAGUUUCCGCAAUAUUUGAGGGAGAUCGAGGGGACGGCAGACGGAGCAAACGUGCCGUUCCACAAACUAUUUCUGAUGCAUUUGGACGACAUUCUUCCGAACGUUACUGGAAUACAAGGAAAUGCACUUCCAGUCGGUUGUACAACCAUCAUGUGCAAUCAAUCGGGACAUGAGAUUUUAGGUCACAAUGAGGAUGCUCUUAGGGAGACUUUGAAUCACUGGUAUCUCGUGAAUGCUCACGUAAUUGAGAAGGGUUACAAAGAGGAGAAGUUCACGUCGUUGAGUUACGCUGGUUUCCUACCGGGUUACACGAUGGGUUACAACCACCAUGGCCUCGUUUACAGCAUUAACACCCUCAGUGCUGCGGUUCUACGAUCCGGCAAGACUCCGCGAUACUUCCUAACGCGAGCACUGCUGGGCGUGGAGAAUUUCGUACAAGCGCAACGGACGUUGAAGAACGAGGGUUACGGUGCGGCGGAGGGCUUCUCAGUGAACAUGACGUUCAUCGCACAAGAGGACGACCGGAUGUUUCACAACGUCGAGGUGGGCCCGGCUGAAACAGGCGCGAACCGGUCGCAGCUCAUCGUCCUGACUAUUAAGCUGGGCGAGAAUACCUCGCAUUGCAACAAGUAUCUACGUCUAAAAGUGGCGGAAGUGGGAGGAAGAAUCAUGGAGAGCAGCAUCAGGAGAGCGGAAACGAUUUCGAAGCAUCCGCCAGUUAAAUGUCGUCAGGAUGUAAUCAACAUACUUAGUGAUCAGACAGGCAAGAAGUAUGGGAUUUAUCGAGACGAUCUCGGUAGCGAGGUCAAGACGAUUGCCACUGGCAUCUUCGACUGCAUUGAACGUACGUGGUCUAUUUACACGGACAUCCCGCAGUUCAACGAGCCAAUAGUGGUGAUACCUAUGCAACUUCGUAAUUUCGCGGCUUCACAAAAUGACAAAGCAAAAUAAUAACUCUUCAUCUUAUACGAAUCACGAAAAUGUAGCAUUUGCUGCAUUCAUAUUUUACAACAUAUAUUUUAUAACAUAUGUAAUAUUAACAAUUUUAAUUAAAAGAAAUAAAUAUAUAUAUAUUAAAGAAUUUUUAAUCUAUCAAAUAAAAUGUAAGAAAGUUGAUGCAAUCUGGCUGUAAAGAAUUAUUGAAAUUUCGAAAGAAAUAUUGUACAAAA